CGGCCCCGGCGCAUGGAGGCGAUGCCCUGCCAGAACCAGCGCCUCGGCCCGCGGCCGCAGGAGGAGCCGCCGCCGGCGGCCACGGCCACGGCGGGCGGCGGCUCCCGGCUGAUCCGCUUCGCGGAGCCCAGCGAGGACAGCGGCUGCCCCAGCCCGGACAGCAGCAGCAGCAGCAGCAGCAGCAACGGGGUGGUGGCGGCGCCGCCGGUCCCCGCGGGGGAGGGCGGCGCGCCGGCCAUCGGGCCGCAGCUGAAGCUGCUGCCCAUGAACGACCAGCUGCGGGAGCUGCAGACCAUCAUCAGGGACAAGAAAUCCAGUAGAGGAGACUUCGUAUUUUCUGCUGAUCGUCUGAUCAGACUGGUGGUUGAAGAGGGACUGAAUCAACUGCCCUACACAGAAUGUACCGUGACCACUCCAACAGGACACAAGUACGAAGGAGUCCGAUUCGAAAAGGGAAACUGCGGGGUCAGCAUCAUGAGGAGUGGAGAGGCCAUGGAGCAAGGGCUCCGGGACUGCUGCCGCUCCAUCCGCAUCGGGAAGAUCCUGAUCCAGAGCGACGAGGAGACCCAGCGAGCCAAGGUGUACUACGCCAAGUUCCCUCCAGACAUCUACAGGAGGAAAGUCCUGCUGAUGUACCCAAUUCUGAGCACUGGUAACACUGUCAUCGAGGCUGUCAAGGUGCUGGUGGAACACGGGGUCCAGCCCAGUGUCAUCAUCCUGCUCAGCCUGUUCUCCACACCCCAUGGUGCCAAAUCCAUCAUCCAGGAAUUCCCAGAAAUCACCAUUCUAACUACAGAAGUGCAUCCUGUUGCACCAACACACUUUGGACAGAAGUAUUUUGGAACAGACUGACAAUCUCAGAACAACUGGAUGUGACUCUAUGACAUUACAAGAGGUUUUUUUUCUACGUUUUAUUAUUGUUGGGUUGUCAAGGGUGUGUUUGGGAACCUUUUUGGCCAAAGGGGGAAAUACUUGACUUAGGUGAGUCCUGGCCUGAACAGGGAUCAGGUACAAAGCACUCUGGUUACAUGGCCAAGCAUCUCCAUCUUGGGGUUGUUAAACUGCCACACUCUGCUUUAACUUAUUUAUUCUUCUCUCUCCUGUCUCGUGGCUGCCUGCAGAGCAAAUAAACCCUCUGAAUCCCA